AAUUGUGAAAGGUGACUUCGCCACAAGAGCAUUCUAUGUCAUUCUGUAGCACCACUAGUUUAUAUUUGUAAGUUGGGGAAUUUUGCUUCACUUGCAGAGGUUAGUUGGGAAAAUUCGGUAGUAGUGGCGGGAUAGAGCUCGCCGUACAUCUGGCAACCCUGCUCAAUGAGCCCCUGAACUGUGAAACAUAUGCAAUGAAAAAGUGGAUAAAGGUUGAAUGACAAAUUGUCUUUCUAUUAAAACGUACCAAAGGUUCGAAUGAUCCGUCACAAUGCGAGUUUGCCCUAGUCCCUUACGUAUUAUUGUGAAUUCUUCGCUGAAUUGUAGCAAGGAAUUUAGCACGAAAACAUGUAAUUCUUUCCCGAGCCGCAAUUGGGCGAAUACACCCGUAUUCUUGCGAGGAAGGCCUAGUUUGAUAAAAAUAUUGAUCAAACGGCGCCUGAGCGACAAAUUUCCACCGACCUUCGAAAUUCCCGUGGAAAAUAUAAGAAACUUCAGUAUAAUAGCUCACGUUGACCAUGGCAAAAGUACAUUAGCCGAUCGGCUUUUAGAAAUGGCAGGAGCUAUUGAUAAAAAUUGUGGUAGAAGCCAAGUUCUUGACAAACUUCAAGUUGAACGUGAGAGAGGAAUCACAGUGAAAGCACAAAGUGCAUCCCUGAUCUACAAUGUUGAUGGUACAGACUAUAUGUUGAAUUUAAUUGAUACUCCAGGUCAUGUUGACUUUUCAAAUGAAGUUUCGCGAUCAUUAUCAGCAUGCCAAGGUGUAAUUUUACUUGUUGAUGCGAAUCAAGGUGUUCAGGCUCAAACAGUUGCAAAUUUCUACAUGGCCUUUACUAAAGAGCUAGUGAUUAUACCUGUGUUGAAUAAAAUUGACUUGAAGAAUGCAAAUCCUGAAGCAAUUACAGAUCAGUUAAAAAAUAUCUUUGGAAUUGAAGAAAAUGAAGUUUUAAAGAUUUCAGCAAAACUUGGAACUGGUGUAGAUGCUGUCCUCCGAGCUAUUGUAGAAAGAAUUCCUCCACCUCCAGUAAAUCGCAACAAACCUUUUCGAGCACUACUCUUUGAUAGUUGGUAUGAUCGUUAUCGUGGUGCAGUAUCUUUAUUAUAUGUUGUAGAUGGAAAGGUUCAAAUGGGAGAUAUGAUAAGUUCUGCACUUUGCGGUAAAUUAUAUGAAGUCAAAGGUCUAGGAAUUUUAACUCCACAAGAGACACCUGUGGAGUGCUUAGUAGCAGGGCAAGUGGGAUUUAUGUUCUGUAACAUGAGGUCAUCUCAGGAGGCACACAUUGGUGAUACUAUUUUUCAUGAAGGAAAUCCUGUGGCAAUCCUUCCAGAGUUCAAAGCAUCCCAGCCAAUGGUAUUUGCUGGGGUGUAUCCUGUUGAUCAGUCACAUCAUGUGGAACUGCGUAAUGCAAUUGAGAGAUUAGUUUUGAAUGAUUCAGCUGUUACUUCUUCAGUAGAAUCAAGGCAAGUGUUUUAUUAUAAAUUCCCUGCUCUAGGAUUAGGAUGGCGUUUGGGAUUUUUGGGCAUAUUACAUCUUGAAGUUUUUUCGCAACGCUUGCUGCAGGAAUUUAAUGCCGAAGUUGUUGUGACCGCUCCCAGUGUAACAUAUAAAGCAACUGUUAUUGGAGAAAAAAAUAUAAAGAAAUAUCGAUCAUCAGAGAUUUCAUUUUCAAAUCCAUCUCAGUUUCCUGAUCCUCAAAUAGUUUCAGAAUAUUUUGAACCAUUUGUUCUAGGAACUAUAAUUUCUCCAGAUAAGUAUUUGGGACCAAUUAUGCAACUGUGCAUGGAUCGAAGAGGAAUUCAAAAAUCAAUGCAAAAUAUUGAUAACCACACCGUCAUGAUGCAAUUCAUUCUUCCAUUGAAUGAAAUUGUAAUAGAUUUCCAUGACACUUUGAAAUCUGUGUCUUCAGGAUAUGCAAGUUUUGAUUACGAAGAAUAUGGAUAUUUUGAAUCAAAACUAGUUAAGCUAGUAAUUUUGCUGAAUGGUAUACCUGUUGAUGAACUGAGUGCUGUUGUGCAUACAUCUAAAGCAUCAAUUGUAGGACACAAAAUAUGUGCGAAGCUGAAAGAACUGAUUCCACGCCAGAUGGUUUUGAUUGCUAUUCAGGCUGCAGUCGGAGGGAAAAUUGUUGCUAGAGAAACUCUAAAACCAUAUCGCAAAGACGUCACCGCAAAACUGUAUGGAGGAGAUGUAACGAGAAGGAAGAAAUUGCUGAAACAACAAGCUGAAGGAAAGAAGAAAAUGAGAAUGCUUGCUAAUAUCAAUGUCCCAAAAGAUAUUUUUAUUGAUAAAAUACUUUUGGCUUGUGGUUCUGCUAUCAUGUCUUUAUACAGUCCUAUGAGAGGUGACAUGAUUGCAAUUAUGGGAGAAACUGCGGGAACGUCAGCCAUGAAAUAUAUGUUGGAAAAAAUGAAGAUAAGUCCAGAGGGGCAAGAAAUCUUAAAAAUUAGGCCUAGGAUAAAUUCAAAAACUGUCAAUUUGCCACAGUUAGCAAGUUUACCUGAAGGUACUCUUGGGAAGACUUAUGUGAACUUUUUGAAUAAAAAUAAUGUUACACCUGAUUCUCGUUUACAAGUGCAGUUUGUGGAUGAUAUAGAAUUGGCCUAUGUCAUUCAAAGAUAUCGUGAAGUUCAUGAUUUGGUUCAUGCUAUUCUCAAUAUGCCAACAAAUAUGUUGGGAGAAGUUACUGUGAAGUGGGUUGAGGCUUUUCAGACAAGAUUACCUAUGUGCAUUGGAGGGGCAGUAUUUGGUGCCAUGCGUCUUUCGCCCAAACAAAGGAAGUUAUAUGUUGCUAGUUAUUUGCCUUGGGCAAUUCAAACUGGAACAACUAGUUCAUUUCUUAUGAAUGUGUUUUUUGAGAAGAGAUGGGAUCAGCCAGUUAAUGAUUUACUUCAAGAGUUGAACAUCCAACCAAUGAAGACAUGAAGGAUAAAAAUGAAGAUUAUUGUAGAAAAGAUUUUUAAUUAGUCAGUUAAGAAUGAUUGUUAUGUUUACCAGCGUGAAUUCGGUUAUUACACUUCGUUAUUGUGUUUACAAUGUAUUUAUGUCCAUAUUGUUAAAUAAUAUUUUGAUUGAAUUUAUGUGGUUGUAGUAUGGAUGUCUGGGUUUUAAACCACAAGUGCAGUGUUUUCUUUUCUUCUUCUUCUUCUUCUUUUUGGUUCUUGUAAUGGUGACUCGUGCUCUCAAGAAUUGGGUCGACAAAAUAACGUCGAAGGGCAGCACCGAGAUGCUGACGAUGUCACUGAAUUUAUUUUUAAAGUCAGAAACAGGGUUUUCGAGGGUUUCUGGAGAUGGCUGCUUGUUUGAAUAAAUCACGUAGGAUUGAACUCCAACCCCCACAAAUGUAGUAUGCAAUGGUGAUUUCUCAGGAAAUGGAAGUGAGGAAGCACCUCCUCACAUAUAUUUUGUUUCUUUUUUUAAUUCGUUGCGUCUUUAAUUGUCACUACGCUUCUCCAAGUCCCUUGAGGGCGUUGAGUGCUUUGCGCUUUCCGAGUAAUCCUCCAUUAAUAUCACCGCGGGAGUAAGCUUCCAUUAUUAUUUCAAUAUGUCACAUCCGUCAGAUCUCGUCGCAUUCAGUUGUCAAGAGAACCACCAUGUAGCAUCUCCGCGUACGCGCCUCCUUCUACGCGCUCCCGCGUCACUACCCGACGGCCAGAAAUUGGAAGGAAUUCGGGGUAGGGUUUUAGCGUACUUCACAGGGGUUGGACUAGCCCUUGUGAAGCAGCCGAACUCUUUUGUUGGAACAAAUUUCACAUGUGUUUGUCCGGACAUCGACGGUAAUCGAACCCGGACCCCGUUGGUGAAAGACGAGCGACUUCGCGCUGAGCCACCAGAUGACUUUUUUAAAGGAAUUUCAAAAUUAAAU